AUGCCGCUCCUUCAAAACUCCGCCACAGGCAUAUGCCUGGACAUUGGACCUGGAACAGGCCAAUGGGUCUACCUGUUCGCCCGAGCCAGUAAUCCCAGCAUUACGAAAAUCUACGGAGUCGAGCCGAACAAGGCUUUCCAUGCCGAGCUGCGACGUAAUGCUGUCGAAGCCGGCCUGGGCGACAAAUACGAGAUCAUUGGAUGCGGAGCUGAGGAGUUGGCCACGAAAGGCGGGCUAGAACCGGGAAGCGUCGACACGGUCAUUACGGUGCAGUGUCUUUGCUCCAUUCCCACCCCUCAGAAGAUCAUCAAGGAGUUGUAUCCGCUGCUGAAGCCGGGUGGGAAGUGGCUUGUAUUCGAACACGUGAGGACGAAGUAUCAGAAUGACUUCGUGGGAGUCCUCAACAACAUAUGGCCGCACUUCCUGAACGGCUGUGACAUCACACGCCCGACAGACGAAUGGCUUCUGCAAGCCGGAAAAUGGGACGAUGUGCAGCUAGGUCCUACAGCAGGCGAAGGGAAAUACGACACUAUACCGCAUGUUUCUGGCACUUUGACAAAGGCGAAGUAG